GGAAGGAGGAGGUUGACAUUCACUUGUUGAUAGUACUAAUUGUUGUCGGUACCGCAACUGUCGUAACUGAUUGGGUUAUUCAACUGAUAUGUCAUAUCAUCAUUAUACGACUCGAAUCAAAAAAGCAAUGCUUAAUCAGCAAUCGCAUGUAGUAGUGAAUAUACAAGAGUAUACUAGUCGAGACCGCCUGACUAAAAGUUACUCUAUAACCCACGCUAGUUCUUAUAUACGUGUAUAUGGUGAUAUUGAAUUCGUGGAAGUGCAUCACUUUAAAAUGUAAAAGAGAGACUCUCUCCGUAUACACAUACAUAUGGUAAUAGAUCAACUCAGUCAGUGUUUUUUAUGUGCGGUAUGAUCAACGCCUGCUUCUGUCAUUAUAUCGUGUCAUUUUGGAAAGCUGUGCCAUGAAAAGCGGGGCAUAACUGCUUUGCGAUUUCAUUCAGUCACUACAAGUCGGCUAAACCAUACAUACAAUAUAUUGCGGACCCUUUAGAAUGGGAGAAGUGCCAGAAAUUAAAGAUUUUCACAAAGUUAUUGAGCUGUACUUACAAGGCGCCAAGCUCGAAUCCUACGAGAGCCGAUAUCUCACCAAGCCCGGGGAUAAUUAUGGAAGUCUUAUGUUAGCUAUAAGUGCGAAAAUUAAGCAAUCAAAUGAUAUGAUGAAGGAUUUGCAUAUGAUUGCAAAACUACCGCCACUCACCAACGAUUUGUAUUGGCAAAUCUUCCAGCCCGAACGAACGUGCAUUACGGAAAAUGCUGUCUAUCAGUACUUGGCACCCGAGAUAGAGAAGCUACAACUGGAAUCAGGUGUUCUGCCUGUCAAUCUGUUUGAUGGCUUUCCCCGUUACUUUGGCUCACGUAUUUCACUCAACCCUGAAGCCACUAAAGUGGAUCGAGAUGCGGUCCUAGUGCAGGAAAACCUAACCAUACGCGGCUAUCAACCUGGGGACAGACACAAGUCUUACGACUUGCAACACACUGUGCUUAUCCUUCAUUACAUGGCCCAGUUUCAUGCAUUGCCCCUUGCCCUGCGCCUCAAGAAACCAAAAGUCUUUGAUUCAAAAAUUCGCCCCUAUUUCAAAAAAUUCGAUAUGAAUGAAAACAUGGAAGAGGACACUCAGGUUAUGUUAAAAGAGGAAAGUUUAAGGGAAAUUAGGGAUAUCUUCGACGGUGACGAGACAAUCGUUAACGGUGUAAAGAAAUUGCAAGAUAUAUAUGAUGAAUUCCAAAUAGCCGACGAGGUGGAGGAUAGUCCCUGGACUUCCAUAGUUCAUAUGGACCUAUGGAUAAAUAACUUGAUGGUCAAAUAUGAUGAGUCUGGACUGCCCGUUAAGCUUAAGUUUGUCGACUUUCAAAUUGCUCAAUAUGAGUCAGUGAUUCACGACUUAAUUUUCUUACUGCUCUCGAGCGUGGAUACAUCAGUAUUGGAGGAAAACUAUUAUAACUUUCUACGCAUCUAUUACGAAGCAUUUAUAAAAUCCUUGAAACGGGCAAAUGUGGAUACAUCCAAAUACACCUACGAAACCUAUCUUGAUGAAGUUCAACGUGUCGCACCUGUGCAAGUGCCACAUGCUCUGUUUAUGACAAAGGUACUCUUGGCCGACAACAAUACGCUGCCAAGCGAUUACAAAGACGUUGACUUGACGAUGUUGACUAAAAAAGGAAGUGAACAAAUCAUUACGAAGCUAAGAGACAUUAUCAGAUUGGCAAGAGAGUUUAACAUAUUUUAUUAACUUAUCAACUACGUCUGUAAACUUAUCAACUACUUCUGAUUAAAUAUUACUUGCCUUAAACUUAUGACGCUUACUUUACAAAGUGAGAGCGUAAAACACAGAAAAUAAAACUAACUAAUGAUAAGCCACAAUAAGCGUUAUCUGAGUG